CUUUUCUCCUCCCUACUCCUCGGCAGCCCCUCCUCUCACUCCUCCUUUUCCCCUCCUCCCUCACAGUUAGUGGCUUGAAAACUUUUUAAAAGCUCCCACAUCGUUUCAAGUUAGGAAAAAAAGGAGGGUGUCUUUUUUUUUUUAAACAAGUUCUCAGCACUUUUCUUUCAGGAAAAGGGGAAGGAAAGACAGGGGAAAACAAAAGAGCAGGAGACUUUUAAAGUUUAAAUAGGCAUGUCUGAGUGCCUGAAGUAGUUCUUGCAUUUGAGUUUUAACCCCCUGAGGAACAGAAGCACUUGUUUUACCUUCUUCACUGCUGACUAGCAAGGUAACAGCCAGUGAAGAUGGGUGACUGGAGUGCUUUAGGAAGGCUUCUUGACAAAGUCCAAGCCUAUUCUACAGCAGGAGGGAAGGUGUGGCUGUCUGUGCUUUUCAUUUUCAGAAUCUUGCUACUAGGGACAGCAGUGGAGUCUGCCUGGGGAGAUGAGCAAUCAGCGUUCCGAUGCAACACGCAACAGCCAGGUUGUGAGAAUGUUUGCUAUGACAAAUCCUUUCCAAUCUCUCAUGUGAGGUUCUGGGUUCUGCAGUUCAUUUUUGUGUCUGUGCCAACCCUCCUGUACUUAGCACAUGUAUUCUAUGUGAUGCGGAAAGAAGAAAAACUUAAUAGGAAAGAAGAAGAGCUCAAGCUUGUCCAGAGUGAGGGUGUUAAUGUAGAUAUGCCCCUCAAACAAAUAGAAAUUAAGAAAUUCAAGUAUGGGAUUGAAGAACAUGGCAAGGUCAAAAUGCGUGGAGGACUGCUCCGUACCUACAUCAUCAGCAUCAUCUUCAAAUCUAUCUUUGAGGUGGCUUUCUUGCUCAUACAGUGGUACAUCUAUGGGUUUACCCUGCAGGCCAUUUACACUUGUGAACGAGUGCCAUGCCCACACAAGGUGGAUUGCUUCCUGUCUCGUCCCACAGAAAAAACCAUCUUCAUUAUCUUCAUGCUGGUGGUGUCUUUAGUCUCUCUCUCCUUGAACAUCAUUGAAAUUUUUUAUGUCACCUUUAAGAGCGUUAAGGAUCGCAUGAAGACAAAAAAUGAUCCUUUCUCUCCUAACAGCGGUUUGAGUCCCUCCAAGGAAUGUGGAUCCCCCAAAUAUGCCUAUUUCAAUGGUUGUUCCUCUCCAACUGCCCCUUUGUCACCCAUGUCUCCACCUGGAUACAAACUUGUCACUGGUGACAGGAACAAUUCCUCUUCUUGUCGUAAUUACAAUAAGCAAGCCAGUGAACAGAACUGGGCAAAUUAUAGUGCUGAACAGAACAGGAUUGGACAGGCCGGGAGCACCAUCUCCAACUCGCAUGCCCAGCCAUUUGAAUUUGCCGAUGACCCCCAGAACAGUAAGAAAAUGGGUUCAGGACACGAGCUACAACCUCUCACUGUUGUGGACCAAAGGCCACCAAGCAGAGCUAGUAGUCGAGCCAGCAGCAGACCUCGACCUGAUGAUCUGGAAAUCUAAUCCUUUGUAGCCACAGUACUUAUCACAACUAUGCUAUGAAAUGCAUUAGAAGAUGCACAUAUGAUUUUCAUGCGGUUCCAUUGGAGGUGGUACUUAACAGUCUCAGUCAGGAGAUUUUAACAAACAUAAAAAAAGAACUUGGGGGAUUUUUUUUUUAGUGGGAAGCUGGGGUGGUGUGGGGAAGUACAGCACAUGUUGGUAUUUAAAGUAGCUGAUUUUAAAACGUUUAAAUGCUAAUUUCUAAAAAAACUUAGUCAACACUACAUUAGGGGGAUUGGGGUUGUUAUUUGCUUUAGAAAGAUUAUAAAUGAGUAGGUAUGUGUGUGUGUUUAUAAUAUGCUGAUUUUUCUGAAGAGUUUUGUUUUUGUUAUACUAAAAACAAAAGUUAAACUGAUUUUUUUUUAUCAAGAUGAAAUGGAGAUGGUAUUCUUUUACUGAAAACUGACAGUCUUACAUCAGAUUCUGAUGAUUUUCCUGUUAGAACAUUCCAUUGUUAAAAUUUGCACUUUGAAGGAAAACUUCCUGGUAUGACCUGGUCAGUGUCUAUAUAAUUAUGCAAGUAUAAUCUGUUUCCUUGAAAUCAGUCAACUACAUUUCAGACAAGGCCCACCUGGCAUACUUUGGCCAUGUUCGCCUUAUGAUUCAAACAGAUCUAAUUCAGGGUGUAGAGUGGAGUUUUUGUUCCUGUGCCAUUGUUUUACCACCUCAGUGUCCUGCUGAUCACAUACAGCCUUCACCAAUUGCUAGGAAACCGUUUGUCAGGUAUGGUGUGAAGCUGGACAAUCAAGCCAUUUUUAUUUAAUGUUAUCACCUACAUAGAUUAUUUGUCCACAGUUAAGUUCCACUAUUAUUAGUGGGGUUGAACACUGGUUGGAGUUAUAGUCACUGGGUACAAUCCAGGAUGAUUAAAUUUGCUGGAAAUUACUUACUCCUAUCAGAGUCUCUCAUGCAUUGGGAUGCAUGCACAGAUUUCUGUUCAUAAGAACCAUAUCAUUUACUUCAAUACUUAUAAAAGUGUACAGCUCUACAUCCUCAGGAGUGUGAAACACCCACUACGUACAAUGAGAUUUUCCUAUACGUUUGGACAUCUGUAUUCAUAGCACAUUACUAGACUAGGCCCAGCAUAUGAAUCAAAGGACAGGUAUACAUGGAGUUGAGAAUGUAUUAGUGAAUGGCUUAGUCUUCCAUGAAUACACACACAUUAAUGUGUCAUUGUGAUGUUUACAUUAAACAAUUCUAAUAAAUAAAUCUUUUACCCAUUUUUAACAAUUGAAACCAUAUUUUUAUAUAUUCCAUAGCAGAUGCUAUAAACUUGUAAGUAUAUAAAUUUGUAAGAUCCCACAUUUUUUAAAAAAUUUCCCUAUCAGUUCCAAAAAAUAGUUAGUGUUCCUCAAAUUAAGAAGGAAAGAAUCUACUAGGUUACCUAGUCCAUUUCUCUGACUUUUAAUGACUUAUGCUUGAAUAACAUAAAUGGUAGUACUGUGGUGAUGGUGGCAAUGGUAGCCUGCCGAUAAUGUGAGAGACUUGGGGAUAAUUUACACAACCACGUUUAUCUUGGAGUAAUUUCAGUUAUCAUGUGAUUGCUCAAGGGUAUGAAAAGAUCAUCAUGGAUUAUACAUCAAGAACUGAACAAAAAAACCUCCACUUGAUAACUGCUGCCUCAGAGGAUUGUGUGAAUAGGACCCUAAAACAACUGCUUUGAGCUGUACAAAUAAUACAUGUCUAUGUCAGUUUUAUGGUAACAAGCACUUCGUGAGUGUUGUUCACAUACAGAUUAGCUCAACUAUAACAUGAUGGUCUAAUUCCUUCUCAGUGACAAUUUUGAUAUUUUGCACAUAAAUUUUGGGUAAUGCAAGUGAGGCUGAAAGAGUACAAUUCUAAUUUAUUUGAAAUAUAUGCUGAAAUACACAAUUUCAACCACAGUGCCUUUUACUUCAACACAGUUCAACCAGGAACACAGCCUGGUUUCAUUUUGCAGCAGCACAGACUUAGGGAUCUUAUAAUAUGUUGUACUAAGUAAUUUUUGACAUUCCAUGUUAAAACUAUUGUCAAGCUCAUUGAUUGCAUGUAUGCCGCCAUAGUCCAUCAAAUCACUUUUUCUGGAGAACAAACUUUAGUCAAUAAAGUUUUAAUUUAGUAUAAA